GGGAAAUGCAUACUAAAGAUAGUCAUUAAAAUGAUCGUGCAUUGAAUCGUAAAAAUGAUAUGUCGUCUGAAUUCAACAUAUUCCUUGCAUCAUGAAAUCAUGAUGAAUCGUGACCACAUAUCAUGUUCCAUAGGUCCGGUACCAUAAAAUUGACAGUAUAAAAGCACGACCAGUUAACCUUUCCAUGUCUAUCAUUCAAGUGAUAAAACACUGACACCAACAUGAGAAUCAUCGUCGUCUUGGCCGCUUUAGUGAUAACUGGGGUGUCCGGCCAAACAUGUGAAAAUAAGUGUAAUGUGAGAUGGCAGAAAUGUCUGGACGACUGCCCACCAACUACAACUGAAACCCGAUGUAAACUUAAAGAUGUAGGAGAAACCUGCACGAAGAAUUAUGAAUGUGAAGGUCUAUGUGUAAAAGGCAAAUGUAAACGACCACCUAAAUGUGGAGGCUCAUGCAAAUUCUCCAUUGAAUGCAAACAUGAAUGUUGGUGUAACCAGGGAAUGUGUGAACGUAUGGUAGAUAUAGGAGGAUGCUGCAAGAAGAAUGAUGAAUGUAAAGGUCUUUCCAAAUGUGUCCCUUUAGGCAAUGGAACAUGCGAGGAGACGUGCAGAGUUGACAAUGACUGCCUGCAGUACGACGAUGGCAAAAACAAGUACUGUACUGUUGGAGGCACUGCGGGAACACAGAAAGGCAAAUGUGAAAUGAAACACGAGAAAGGAUAUCGCUGUGCAAGAAGCCCAGAAUGCCAAGGGAAAAUGUACUGCAGGAAUGGACAAUGCCAACUUGCUGAGGAAGUGGUCAUUUGUAGUCUAAACUGCCACGGACCAGACCCCAGGAAACCCGAUCACAUCAGACCAGGAUUUUACGUGACUGUCAAUUACACCUGUAUAUUUAUCCGACGGGCGGAGAUGGGACAUCUGAAGUUGAAGGCCGAAGUGAGAUUAGACAUAGUAAAGGAAAUUCUCAGAGUAUCAGGGAUGUCACCACAAUAUUUCAAUGCGACUGUCACCAAGAGAGCCAGGAAAGGAGAGUUCACUGCAAGUUUGCAUGCUGUGAUGAAGACGUGUGUGAGCGAUAAGCCUAAAUGCCAGGCUAACAGAAAGUGUAUAUUGCAUGCUGGACAAUAA